UACAGUAUUAUACAUACGACAUAGCUAUUAUAGCCAUUGCGACUGCGUUUCACGUUUGCAUCGCCCUUCGACUGCUGCCCGAUCUCAGAGGUCAAUACAUUUUUCUGCUGUUUUCAAGAAAAACGAAUUCACGAUGGCCGAUGAAAAGUUAAGCCGCAAAAUGAUUUUUCCAUACACAUUCACAGCUAAGGUUGCCCAAUUUCCAUUUAAACUACAUUUCAAUAAUCAUUGGAUGUUCCCAUGGUUCAUUGGAGCAGCUGUAAUGGUUUCACCUGUUUUUUAUCUAAUUCAAAAAGCUGCCAACUGUGAAGCUAAUAUAAAGAUUUGGGCUGAUAAAAGGAGAGCGGAAGAAGAACAUCACAAACACAAGUGGGACUAAACAAGUUUCUGAGAAGUUGUGUAGAAAAUAAAAAUAAAACAACUGUCAUUCAAAAUUUAAA